CAUUUUGUGUUUACUCAGAAGAUGCGUAUACUGUCAUGGCGGCACUUCUUCGAAGUAGGCGAUUAUUGUGACGUUUAGUUUAAACCGGGUUGAUGCGUGUUGCUGAUGCUGUGAAUUUGAAUUCGCAAGGUUUGGAUUGUUCAAGUUUUGAAAAUGGAUAUUAAGAAUUUAACGUCGAGGAAUUUUUUCCGUUGUUUGGAAUCAGAUUAUUCAGAGUUAAAUAUUAAUGUUAAGAUACCUUCUGAUAUAAAAUUCGCGAUUAAGAUGGGUUUACAACCAGUCGAUGCGAAGUGUGAUAAAUGCAAUGGUGUUCGUAAAAUUAGUUAUAGAAAAGGCACUAAUUCGGUUUAUUUCCGAUGUCAUAAGUGUAAUCUUAAUAGUUCGGCAUUCGAUGGAACUUUCAAGGGUAAAUUUGGUAAGGUAUCAUGGGGUACAAUAUUCGCUUUCAUAUGGCACCUCAUUUGCAUAGAUAGUUCGUUGAAAUCUUCGUGUUUGGCCGUUGCAGUAAGUUGUACUACUGGUGUUGAUUGGGCUAAUUUCAUUAGGCAUGCGAUGAUGGUUUCUCUUAUUAAUUUAACAAGUUUGAAAAUUGGCGGCCCCGGAAAAACUGUUGAAAUUGACGACACGGUUGUAAGUAAGCAGAAAUGCAAAAAAGGGAGAAAGGUGAAAGAAACUAAGUGGGUGGUUGGUGGCAUUUGUAGAGAAGACAAAAACUGUUUUUUGUGUUUUGUAAAUGAUCGCUCUGAAACCACUCUUAAUUGGGUUGUUAGCAAGUUUGUUCAGACCGGAUCUACAAUAUAUACUGACAAAUGGAAGGGAUAUAAUCAUAUUGAUGAUUUAGAAGGAAUACAAAUAAAACAUGAGACUGUAAAGCAUGCCAAAAAUUUUGUAAAUCCGCUUAAUGGUGUACAUACGCAAAGUAUUAAAAGGUUGUGGGGGCUUCUUAAGAACCAAAAAAAUUUACCGACUCAUUACACGGAGGAACUUUGUGAUUCAUAUUUAUAUGCCUUUAUGUAUAAAAAGUUUCUUAAAUGGGGUAGUUUGAAGCCGGGCGAACGUUUUGAAAUAUUUUGUCAACAUUUAAGCAAAAUUUAUCCAGGAGCAGGCCGUGUGCCUGAAUGGAAGGAACCAGAAACCGUUUCAGCAGUCNAAGUCUCUAUUCUACAAUAUUAA